GUCAAUUGGGAAAGAAUUUGAUUGAUCUACCAAUUGAACUAAAUCCAACAGAGAUUAGAAGAUUUUAUCUGCAAAAGGAUAAGAAGAAAGAAAUGGAUUUCUUAAAGAAGAACGACACGAAAGUGGAAUGCCAGAAUCAGAUUACCAUUAGAAUUGCAUCUAUGUCUGUUUACCUCUUAGGUUUCUUCUUAGCCAUGUUCUUGUGCAACUGUGUCCACCUUCUGCUUCGCCCUCUUUCCCAACCUCGUAUAAUUGCAGAAUCCAUUGUAGGGUUGCUACUUAGCAAUCUUGAAUUCGUGCGGAACAGGUUCUUAAACGACAACGAAGUACAACAAACUUUGAACUAUAUUGUGGACGCAAUUAUGGUGUGUCACAUGUUUGUUGUGGGGUUAGAAAUCGAUCCCAAUAUAUUCCUCCAAUUGACACUCCCAGAGGCAAAAGUUGCAUAUUCUGGAGUGCUUACUACAUUUGUCUUUGCUUGCCUCGUGACUCCACUUCUGCACAUUUCUAAACAACCAAAUGCUGUAUUCAGUUCAUGUUUAGCAAUCGUUCUUGCUGGAACAGAUUCUCCCUUAUUAACUCGAUUAAUCACUGACCUCAAAAUUGGAAAAUCAGACAUAGGUCGAUUUAUUGUUGAAGCCGGAAUACAUUCUGAUGUUGUCUCGAUAUUAUUAAUCACCAUUGGAUUUCUCAUUUUCGAUCCGGAUAAUAACUUUCAGAAUCGAAGUGUGAAAGAGAUACUAAAGAUGAUGGCUAUUUUGGUGUUUCAAACGCUGUUAGCAUCAAAGGUAGUUCCUUCAGUUAUGAAAUGGGUGAAUAAUGAAAAUCCUGAAGGAAAACCAAUGAAAGGUUCACAUUUAGUUGUGGCACUUGCUUUUAUCAUCUCAAUUUGUAGCAUGUCCCCUAUUGUUGGUUUCAGCAAGGUAUUGAGUGCAUUCUUAGUUGGGCUUUUUAUGCCAAGAGAAGGGAGAAUAUCAAAAAUGAUGAUUGGCAAAGUUAACUAUAUUUUUAGGACCAUAUUCUAUCCAUUAUUUUUCUUUUGGGUUGGCACAGAAGCUAAACUUUCAGAAUUUGAGGCUGGCAAUAUUGCUACAUGGGCAAAAAUAAUCGUUCCUUUCCUAAUUGCUACAGGUGGUAAAGUACUUGGUUCUGUUGUUUCUGGGUUGAUGCUAGGAUUUCAUUGGCCAGAAUCAGUUGCCACUGGGUUGCUACUCAAUAUCAAGGGCCAUUUUCAAGUCUACUUAGCUAUUAAUGCCUACCGCAUGAAUAUCAUAAGUAUGUCAACAAGUAUUGUUUUGGUGUUCGUAACUUUCCUUACCAUAAUAUACACCCCAGUGGUGGUCGCAAAAAUUAUUGAACGUGCAAGGAAACGCUCACCAACACAAAAAAUGGCACUUCAAUGGCUUAAUCCGACAAAUGAGCUUCGAAUACUACUCUGCAUUCGUAGUCCUCAGAAUGUUUUCUCGGCAAUUAACUUCAUGGAAAUCUCUCGAGGGCCAGCAAAUCCUGGAAUCAUGGUUUACUUAACUGAUACGAUUGAGUUAACUGAUAAAAUAGCAGCAACAUUAACACAAGGACGUGGAGUUGGAGCUGGAGUUGGAGUUGAUGCUGUGACAGUAACUGAUCCUGCAGUGGUUGAAAUGAGAGAAAAAAUUAGCAAAGAUGUUCAUGCUUAUUUAAGUGAGGAUUGUGAAGGAAUUAACUUACAAAGAAUGAUGGCACUUUCAACGAUCAAUAAUAUGCACCAAGAUAUAAGCAUUCUUGCGUAGGACUUGUUGGUACAUCUUGUUAUACUUCCUUUUCAUAAGAAUCAAGAGGAAGAUGGAAGACUCCAUGUGGGUCAUUCUGGCUUCCGCCAUAUCAAUCGCAAGGUUCUUCGGAAUGCACCUUGUUCAGUGGGGAUCUUAGUAGACAGGGGUCUCGAAAAAACCGUGAUAUCAAGAUCAUCUAUUUCCCUAAAUGCAGCAGUGAUCUUUAUUGGUGGCAAAGAUGACAGGGAAGCACUUGUGUAUGCAGGACGUGUGGCGCGACACCCUGGAGUAAAACUGACAGUAAUCAGGUUUCUAGUAGAGGUUGCUGGAGAUAGUGUCUCAUCAAGAGUUGGUAGAGCAAAAUCCAAUACCACUGAACAUUUGGAAGAAAUGAAGAUUGAUGACGAGUGCUUUGCGGAAUUUUACGAUAAACAUGUUGCUGGAGGACGUGUUGCCUAUGUGGAGAAAUACCUUGUCAACUCUGGACAAACAUUUUCCACAUUAAGGUCAUUAGAAGGGCAAUAUGGGUUGUUUAUUGUGGGACGUGGUGGGAGGGUAAAUUCUGUGUUAACAGUAGGGAUGAGUGAUUGGGAGGAGUGUCCAGAGUUAGGUCCUAUUGGAGAUAUUCUUUCUGCUUCAGAUUUCUCAGUAACUGCCUCAGUUUUGAUCAUUCAACAACAUAGCCUUAAAGGAGAAUUAGAUGGACUGCAUGAUGAAUUCUCAAUCAUGUAA